AUGGCGGAAGAAGAAGAAGAAGAAGAAGCGGAAGAAGAAGUGAUUCUGUUGGAUUACAAGCCGAGCAUUUACGACAUGAGGGUGAGGAUAGCUCUAGAAGAGAAAGCCAUCAAGUAUGUUAUGUCUAAAAAAUUAAGGCUGAUGUGGAUUUUCGUCAGCCAGAGCCAAUCAAAAUUCAGAGAGGAUUUGUGCAGUCUAGACGUUGCCACGUUGCGUAGUGAUGGAAGAGGUAUGGUUCUCGCCAGUAUGAACCCACUUCAUGAAAAGAUCCCAGUUCUCAUUCACAAUGGCAAAGCCAUAUGUGAAUUUCCCGUCAUUAUCCAGUACAUCGAUGAGGUCUGGAAGGAUAAAGAUAAAGCUCAUUUGCUUCCCUAUGAUCCAUAUUGUUAUGCCUAA